CACACACACACACAGUGAGGAUGCCGGUGAUGAAGGGAUUGCUCGCGCCGCAGAACACCUUCCUGGACACGAUCGCCACGCGCUUCGACGGCACGCAUAGUAAUUUCAUCCUGGCUAACGCUCAGGUUACACAGGGGUUCCCCAUAGUCUACUGCUCAGAUGGCUUCUGUGAGCUCACGGGUUUCACGCGCACCGAGGUCAUGCAGCAGAGCUGUUCCUGCAGGUUUCUUCAUGGGCCCGAGAGCAGCGAGCGCGUCAUCCUGAGUGUGGAUUCUGCUCUUGAAGAGCGCCGUGAGCUUAAAGAAGAGCUCAUGUUCUAUAAGAAGACAGGUUGUGUUUUCUGGUGUCUUCUGGACAUUGUGCCUAUUAAGAACGAGAAAGGCGAUGUCGUUCUCUUCCUUGCUUCGUUCAAAGACAUCACCAAGGCGAAAAGCAUCAGCGCUGAGAAGAAAAAAGAGCGUCAUCAUGGUCGGACCAAAGGCGGAUCUCCAUUAAGUACAGCUCAGGUUCACCCCAACGCUUCCCUGUAUUACACCUCAGGACCUCAUCUCCACAACCGGCAGAAACGAAGGAAAAUCAAACUCAACAAGAAUGUUUUCGGGGAUCCACCAGCUCUGCCAGAGUACAAGGUUGCAGAUGCCCAGAAGUCCAAACUCAUCCUUCUUCACUUCAGCACGUUUAAGGCUGGCUGGGAUUGGCUAAUCCUGCUGGCUACGUUCUACGUGGCCGUGACCGUCCCCUACAACGUGUGUUUUAUUGGUGAUGAAGACUUGACACGCAGCACCACCGUCACUGACAUCGCUGUGGAGAUCCUUUUUAUCACAGACAUUGUGUUUAACUUCCGCACCACAUACGUCAGCACGUCUGGACAAGUGAUCUUCGAUGCACGGCAGAUCUGCAUCCACUACAUGACCACCUGGUUAGUCAUCGACUUGGUGGCCGCACUGCCCUUUGACCUCCUCUAUUCCUUCAGUGUUAGUGUGGUCUCAGUUGUGCACUUGUUAAAGACAGUACGUUUGCUGCGUCUGCUGCGCUUGUUGCAAAAAAUGGACCGCUACUCUCAGCACAGCGCGGUGGUGCUCACCCUGCUUAUGUCCAUGUUUGCCCUGCUGGCUCACUGGAUGGCCUGUAUCUGGUACAUCAUUGGAAAGAAGGAGAUGGACAGCAAUGGGCACACCACUUGGGAUAUAGGUUGGCUACAUGAGCUGGGGAAGCGUUUGGAGAUCCCCUACACCACAGUGAAUGGCUCAACCAAGCGCGGCCCCUCAUUGCGCAGUGUGUACAUCGCGUCACUCUACUUUACCCUCAGCAGUCUGACCAGCGUGGGCUUCGGCAAUGUCUCCGCUAAUACUGACGCUGAGAAGAUCUUCUCUAUCUGCACCAUGCUUAUUGGAGCACUCAUGCAUGCUCUGGUAUUUGGCAAUGUGACAGCCAUCAUUCAGCGCAUGUACUCGCGCUGGUCCUCGUACCAUACCCGAACUAAUGACCUGAAGGACUUUAUAAGGGUUCACCACCUGCCGCAGAGCCUCAAGCAGCGCAUGCUCGAGUACUUCCAGACGACCUGGUCUGUCAACAGUGGCAUCGAUUCAAAUGAGCUCCUGAAAGACUUCCCUGACGAGUUGCGCUCGGACAUCGCCAUGCACCUGAAUAAGGAAAUUCUGGAGCUGGCCGUGUUCUCAUCUCUGAGUCGGGGUUGUUUGCGCUCUCUGUCUCUUCACAUUAAGACAUCGUUUUGCGCACCUGGAGAAUACCUCCUGCGGCAAGGAGAUGCACUGCAGGCCCUCUACUUUAUCUGCUCCGGCUCCAUGGAGGUGCUCAAGAAUGGCAUGGUGCUUGCUAUUCUUGGUAAAGGGGACCUGAUUGGAGCCAACUUGUCCGUGGAAAACUGGGUGAUAAAGACAAGUGCAGACGUGAAAGCACUGACAUAUUGUGAGUUGCAGUGCAUUAAUCUGAGGGGACUGUAUGAGGUGCUGGACCUGUACCCUGAGUACUCCCACCACUUUGUCCAGGACAUUACUCAAGACCUCACCUACAACCUUAGAGAGGAGCAGGAUAGCCACGUGGAGUGGAGGAGAAAUGGAACCACAAACUCUCGUCAGCAUAAAGAACUUUCCAUUCAUCACAGUUGCAUUACCAAACUUGACCCCUCUAAUCUCAGUCCCAGGAUUGUUGAUGGUACAGAAACUAGUGAAGGUCCAGGGACAGAGAAAUCUUCAUUAUUCUCUUUCUUUCCUGAUCAUCAGAAGAGUUUGGCCAAUACCACCAAAAAAACAGGUAUCCUGCAGAUAAGCUCUGCUGAGCUGUCAACAAAAUCAGAAGAGACCAGAGGACAGUUAGGGCACCUUGACCAAGAGGUAAACUUCCUUGGACAUGAAUUAGCUGAACUGGGCAGUGUAAUGAGGAGCCUCACCAUUCUCAUUGAGUCCAUGAUGGCUUUGCCUCAAAAAGCCAAUAUUUAUAGCCCUCACUGCAGCCAAGGACACCCCACACAGUGUGUUACACCUGAAGACCAGGUCAUGCCUUGGAUUAAACAGCUUCCUUCUGAACAGGUGCAAACUUGGUUAACUCCUGAAGGACUUGCAACAAUUACAACACAAGGACUGUAGGUGGUUUGCACCUUGGAUAACACCUUUUAUAGACCAUAUAGACCAUACCCCUCUGUUCUGUUUUCCCAGUUUGACAUUAAUAGAUCUAGUGUGCUAACAAGAAGGUCCCAAAGCCUGCAAACUCCAGAUCACUGGAACAUUACCUCGUGAUGGAAGACUGGACAAGGGACCAAUCACAGUCCCCUGGGUUUGUGCAGCAAAACUUAAAAUGUUGAUCUUCAGGUAAUCCUAACUGAGACCAUGAGGCAUGUAAACUCUGACUCAGAGCAAUGUGGAUGAUUUGCAAAUUAAAUCCAUGAAAGAGUUGCCAUGAAUUUUAUAUUUUAAUGCACAUUGAAUAUUUUGCUACCAGGUUUAAUUGUUACAGAAGUUGGAAUGAAAUGAAUCAUACACAGCUUCAUCCAUUUUUAAAUGAAUGCUGGUUUAAAUCUCUUUGAAUAUACACAAGACUAAA